AUGCGGUUGUUUCUUCUUUGUUUGUUUCUUUUGCUUUUGCUUUUCCUUUUCCCAUCAUUCUCUUCAUCUUCAUCUUCUAAUCUUUUAUGUAAUCCUGAAGAUAGCUAUGCUUUGCUUCAAUUCAAGUCCUCCUUCACAACAGGCUAUGACAAUGAUUGUCCUGAGCAACCUCAGAAAACAGCAACAUGGAAAAACGGGACAGAUUGUUGUUCAUGGCUUGGUGUUACUUGUGAUAUUGUUUCUGGUCAUGUGAUUGGUCUCAAUCUUGGUUGUGAAAGCCUUCAAGGUGAAAUCUAUCCUAACACUUCCCUUUUUCAUCUUUCUCACCUACAAUCACUUAACCUUUCUCAGAUUGAUGUCUUCUACUCCAAUUUGCAUGCUCAGUUUGGUGGAUUUAAAAGUCUUGUAAGUCUUGACUUAUCUUCAUGUCACUUUCAAGGUGAAGUCCCUCCUCAAAUAUCACACCUUUCCAAAUUAACUUCACUUUAUCUUUCUCGUAAUGAUGACUUAUAUUGGAAAGAAACCACUUUGAAGAGGCUUGUGCAAAAUGCAACAUUUUUAAAAGAUCUAUUUUUGGAUUACACAAAUAUGUCUUCAAUCAAUCCAAACUUGUUGAAUUUGAUCUUCAAUCAAUCUUCGUCUUUGGUUAGAAUUAGUCUUCAAAGUGCAAGAUUAAGUGGAAAUUGGAAAAAUAACAUUCUUUGUUUACCAAGCAUUCAAGAACUAGAUAUGUUUGGAAAUGAAGAUCUUGAAGGUCAACUUCCAGAACUAAGUUGUAGUACAUCUCUUAGAAUCUUGGAUCUUUCAUACUGUCAAUUCAAUGGCCCAAUUCCACUUUAUUUCUCUAACCUCACAUAUCUUACUUCCCUAAGUCUCGUAAAGAACAGACUUAAUGGUUCAAUCCCAUCGUCCCUUCUUACCUUUCCAUACCUAACUUCUUUGAAUCUCCAGGAUAAUGUGUUCAUAAGUGGUCAAAUUCCAAAUGUAUUUCACCAGUCAAAUAGAUUUCAAGAACUAUAUUUGAGUGGUAACCAAAUUGAAGGUGAGCUGCCAACAUCACUUUCAAACCUUCAACAUCUCAUUAUUUUAGACCUUUCGUCCAAUUCAUUUAGUGGUCAAAUCCCGGAUGUGUUUGACAGCCUAACAAUAGAAGAACUCCGUCUAGGUAAUAAUAGAUUACAAGGACAAAUCCCACCAUCAUUGUUUAACAUUUCUCAACUUAAUUACUUAGAUUGUUCUUAUAAUAAAUUAAAGGGUCCUCUACACAACAGAAUAACAGGGUUGCAAAAGUUACAUAUUUUAAUGUUAAAUAACAACUUACUAAGUGGUAAAAUUCCAUCAUGGUGUUUAUCUUUUUCAUAUUUGGAAGUGUUAGAUCUAUCAAAUAAUCAGUUUACAGGAACUAUAAGUGCAGUGUCAUCAUAUUCUCUGUGGUAUCUAAGACUAUGCAACAACAAGCUACAAGGAGAUAUUCCAGAGUCUAUGCUCAACCUUCCAAACCUAAAUACACUUUGUCUAUCAUCAAACAACUUGAGCGGUGUGGUGAGUUUUCAACACUUUUCCAAACUUCAAAAUUUAGUUUCUCUUUCCCUUUCAUAUAAUAGUCAAUUAUCACUAAACUUUGAAUCCAAUGCCAAUUACAACUUUUCUGUCCUAUCAGUAUUGGAAUUGUCGUCUGUCGGUUUGAUUGGGUUUUCAAAACUACCAUUAGGAAAAUUCCCUUGUUUGAAAUAUCUUGCUUUGUCCAAUAACAAACUUUAUGGGAGACUGCCCAAUUGGUUGCUCGAAAUAGAUUCUUUACAAGUAUUGAGCCUCUCUCAUAACUUGUUCACAUCAAUGGACCAAUUCUCAAGGAUUCAUUGGAACAGGCUAAUAGGCCUUGAUCUUAGUUUUAAUUUACUAGGUGGUGACAUCUCUUUGUCAAUUUGUAACACAAGUUCACUUGAAUUUCUCAACUUAGCACACAACAAAUUGACAGGUAUCAUUCCAUAA